AUGGUGUUUCUCUCUGUAUGUGCGUUGGAUUCUGCCUGCGUCUACGUGUGUGAAGGACUCAUAUUCCGCCUGAAAGUGAAAGGCAAGGAACCUGCUAAAGGCUUCAUGUCAGUCCCAGUCUUGGAGGACGAGAGCUCGCAAGAUCUCCAAGAUCAAGAGGAAGAUGGAGCGCCCGAACUGUGCCGAUUCAAUGGACUCAGCUGUAAAGGAAUUGGAGAUUCUUUGUCUCAUAUAAAACUCUACGGGCAUCCAACUCACAUUUCAUUACAAUUCGAUAACGACCUGGACUGGAUUGGUCUCUGGCCUCGCACCGGGUCGUACAAGCGCUUCACGAACCUGGAUGACGUCACGAGUAUGAUGACCCUGGACGAGAGCGUGAGACCGCCCGAGGAACCCGACCUCCCGCCGCAGCCGCUCAGACCAGCGCCCGCGCCUCCGCCAAGCAGGAUGCCUGGGGGGUGGACGGACAGCGGAGAGGGGUCGCCGUCCCCCGCCAGCAGCAGCAUAGGCCUAGGGGCGGGAGUGGAGACGCCCCCCGAGCCCUCUCGCCCCGCCCCCGUCCUGGAUCGAAGGGACUCGAACCGGUCGCUCAGUGGGCGUAUCCAGAGGAGGGAUUCGAGUAAGGAACUCCUGGUGUCGUCACAGCAGAGCAGCCCGAAGAGGUCCUCGACGAACCCCUUCAGAGCGUCCUGGGUUCCCCCCGACGAGGCCUCCGAGGGAGCUUACGUCGAGGAAGCCUCCUAUGAAACCAUUUCUCGAAGGGCGCCGUCUGGAACGGGCAGGGGCGCGCCCCCGUCUGGUGCCGAGAGGGUGAAUGAGGGGAUGCAGCGAGCUUUUGCAGAGAAGCCCGAGGCAAGUGUGACUGUCACGUCAACGGCCAGCGUCACUCAGAGUGGCCAGACUGUCGCUGACUGGUUCGGUGGAGGUGCCGGGAACAGGGUUGGCGGCAUUAAUGUCACUGCUAGUGGUGGCAGUGGGUGGUUCACUAGCACUACUAGUGAAGGUGUUGGCUCUGGUGGUGUCUCCAGCGUUGUUGCUACUGACAGUGGAAAUAGGUGGCUUAAUGAUCUCACUGGCAGCAGUUCUGGAAUUAGUAGCAGCGGCGGAGUUGGCGGUGUCAGUGUCGCCGUAUCCAACAGUGUUGGGUAUAUGGGUGACAACAGAGAGAGCAGCGGUGUUGUAUCCCAGGCAGGGGUCGGUCAGACCUCUACAGUAUACGAUAACAGCGUCAACUACAAACCAAUACAACCUGACUCUUUCGUAAAUACAUUUAAUGAAACCAAAGACCAACCAACCUUCGGAAACAAGAACUAUUUCUCAGCUACAGAUUACACAAGACCCGACAAUGAGGCAGCGACUGGUGUCAGCGCCAGCACCGCGCCCUACAUCAAUCAGAUAUCUACCGCCACGAGUACAGAGAUGCGAGGUUCUGGCGGUGAGGUUCCUGGUUUGAUCCUUCCCUCGAGGAACCCCGUUCUCCCAUUGGACUACGGAGGCGUCGCCGACGUUCCCGCGACGCCUCCGAACACCGCCACCUUCGACCCCUCCUCCUCGCCCUCGCCCUACAUCUCAUCGCGCCUGGCGGAGGUCGAGGCGAGGAUAGGGCUCCUAGGGGCGCGGCAGGAGGAGGAGCGGUCAGCGUCCUUGGGAUGGGCGCAAGGCGAAGACCGGCGGCGGACGGAGGGAGGAAAGAAUCCGUUUUUGGUGUCGGCGAGUGGCAGGGCGGACAGAAAAGGCCUUGGUGGCGUCGAGGAGGAAGUGUCGCUCCUCCACGACGCAGUAGACACGCCUAGAACACAGCCUUUAGUGUGGCCUCACAGUGAGCGCGGGAGUGAGACCAGUGAAAGUAUUCCCGACGACAACAGUAUCGGGCAGGACUCCUUGGGCCAAAUGAGAACGCCGCCCCCCUCCGCCGCCUUCCCCGUGACGCCCCCAAACUCUGCGGCCAGGCUCUCCGGCGAGACGCCCCCGAGCUCGGCGGGCCUGUACGUCCCUUACGGCUCGCGGCCGCCCUCCUCCAGCACGCCCCCCAGCUCGGCGACGGGGCUGCGGAACCUGUACUCGAGCCGCAGGGCCUCCGCCGAGGUGUCGCCGCUGUCGCCCGUCGUGUUCACUCUCAGCACGAGCCGAAGACUGUCCCUGGACACGCCUCCGAGCUCCGCCGACCUGGUGACGGCCACGCCCCCCAAUUCUGCUUCCUCGCAGGCCGUGUUCGGAGAGACGCCCCCGAGCUCGGCGGGCUACUCCAGCACGCCCCCGAACUCAGCGGGUCUGGCGGGGGCCUUCGAAGCGGGCGUGGCCGCGGGGACGCUCAAACGGGCCAUGUCCUGCGACUCCGUCAGCUCCGACACGUCCGUGACGCUCAAUGAGCUGGAGGACACGUGCGGUCAGGUCACGGGCCACCUGGCCAUCCAGCUCAUCUACGACAGCGGGCGCGAGGACAUAGACUUGUCAACUGAACUGUGA